AAGAAAAACCCUAUAUGAAUAUUAACGAAGCUUCUUCCUUGAUCUUGAACUGGAUUUGGUAAGUUCGCUCGCCCACAACCGCAAAGAGAACACCGCGGUGAACGGUAGAUCCCCUGCAAGCGCAUACAGAUUAGUACCUCUCAGUAUCAAUCAUCAUCAGGAUAUGUCCUUGUUGAAGCAUAUUUGGCGUGAUGUCGAGAGACUAUUUUUGGCUUCAACUGCAUAGAAUGGUUUUUCUGUGCCAUGUCUGAAGUAAACUUAUUUCUUCGUUACAGCUUUUGGACAAAGAUUGCUGCAACUUCAUCGAGGCAGUUAUUCCUCUUAGGUCUAACUACAGUAAACCAGAGCCAAAAGUCGAUUCACACUAUUGUAGCAAACAUGGCACAGCUCUUCAGUUACACGGCCUGCAGACAGUUGUCUCAGAUGUUCCUGGCAGUAAUAUUUUUUCACGGUUCUGAAUACAUUUUAGCAGUUGGCAUUCACGGGAAAUCAAACGUUACUCUUAAGUCACUUCUGAUCAGCAAAAACUAUCUUCUUGCGAUGGUUUUUUCCUUGGUGGAAUACUGUGUUGAAAUUAUUUUGUUCCCUGGCCUCAAGGAACACCGGUGGGUCAGCAACUUAGGCCUUGCAAUGGUCAUAAUAGGCGAAAUCAUACGGAAGAUGGCAAUAAUUACAGCUGGUAAGUCCUUCACACAUCUUAUAAGGACUCAUGCCUCAGAGCAUCACAGAUUGAUUACGAAUGGAGUUUAUAGAGUUGUUCGUCAUCCUGGUUACUGUGGUUUCUUCAUAUGGUCGGUGGGUACUCAGAUAAUGCUCUGUAAUCCCGUAUCAACAAUUGCAUUUGCACUUGUAGUUUGGCGCUUCUUUGCACAAAGAAUUCCGUAUGAAGAGUAUUUCUUGAGGCAGUUUUUUGGGCCGCAAUACGAGGAAUAUGGCCGACGGAUUCCUUCGGGGGUGCCUUUUGUAAAGUGAAGAUCGAAUUCCUUGGGAUUUUGUGGGCAGGGUACUUGAUCAAGAGUAGUGUUGUGUUGUUGAACUGAUAAUGGGUUGCAAACUUGCAAAGGAGGCCGAAUUACUUCAUCGCCUUCUACAGCUUAGUUGUUGCUUGGAGGAUUGGAGCGGAUCAUAUUCAGUGAAGCCGUUGUUGAGAUUGAUAGAAUGCAUCCAUCCCCGAUUCCUGUUGUACGAUUUGUUUACAGAAUGUAUCAACCAAUUUAGAAGGCUUGAAUUCAGAGGAAAUUACUGACUCUAGACUCUAGUUAUUUGUGUAUUUUUCACAGAUCAUGCUUGAUAGAUGUGUUCAAGUUUAUAUAUCUAGUUGCUUUUAUAUAGCAUUGGUUUGACCACCAGUUUUUAAGCUAAUUAGGUUUUGGAGAUUAAGAGUGGGGAUUACAUAUAAGAACAUCUGUUAGUAUUUUUUUAAUAAUUGAGUUCACUAAAGCAAUGA